AUGGAUCGACAAUCACCUGGGGUUCCUGGAGAUGAAGGAAUUGCAAGUGCUGCAGCAAGUCAAGAUGCGGAUGCUACCUUUUUCAAAGUUAUAUCUGAGAAUCUGAAAUAUGCAUUCAACAGUCCACUGCCAACUACGCAAUUUCCAACACCAUAUUCAAAUCAGACUCAGCAACAACAACAGCAACAGCAACAACAGCAACAACAGCAACAACAGCAACAACAGAACCAUUCGAUACCGGGUCACUCAAAUCAACAACAGGGGUUAAUGGGACAGACUGGUGCUAAUGAUGGUAAUAGCGAUUCCUCUCUGGUAGAGAAUAGCAUGCUUGCAGGAUUACCCAUGGGUAUGGCAACAGGACCAGGUGGUGAGCCAUUGAAUGACAUGAAUAUGCAACCAUCAUCGGUUUUACAAUUUGGUAAUACUUUUUCCAAUGAAUUUUUAUUAGCAUCGCCUGAGCAGUUUAGAGAAUUUUUAUUAGAUUCACCUGCAGGUUACAACUUUUUCCAUAAAACGCCAGCAAAGACACCAUUAAGAUUUGUUACGGAUGCAAGAGAUAACAGUGCAGAACAAGCUAAUGUAAAUGGCGGUAACAGUAAUGGAAGUGGUAGCGGUGAUUUAUUUGGCGUUGUAGAUGCCAAGAUCAAAAAAACUGAGAGUUCCAGCAGUAGUAAUACAAAGACAACGGUUUCCGACAGCAACACUGGUAAUAUUAAAAAUGAUAGUAGUAAUGAUGAUAAAGCCAACGAUAUAGGCCAUCUGGAUGGUAGUGGUGUAAUUCCUCCUAUUACUACUAACGCUCCUACUGAUAAUGAUAAUACGCAGACACCUUUGAGAAGUAUAGAUUUGAACCUUAUGUUCAAUUCUAAUCAAUUAACGGCGUCAUCACCUUCGAAAAAAUUUAGCGUUUCAUUAACGCCAUAUGGCCGUAGAGUUUUGAACGAUAUGGGGACACCUUACGCUAAAAAUGCAGUGCUAUCAUCAAAUAGUGCAUUGGCAGAUUUUCAAAAGGCAAGAAAAAAUAACGUAAAGCUACAGAGUACACCACCGACAACUUUGGGAUCUUAUCAUCAUAGAUCUCUGGAAAAAAAUAAAAAUGGUGGCAGUGGUACACUCGGACCUUUGUAUCGUGAUCGUGAUCCAUUAGCACCAACACAAGAAGAAAACGAUGAAAAUGACGUUUAUGGAUCUUCGCCAACAACGAUUCAAUUAAAUUCUUCGGUAACAAAAUCUACAAUUAAAUUGGAACCUGGCAGGGUGCCACAGCUGAGUAAGAUAGAAAAUAAUAGCAAUAACAAUAUUGAUGAACAGCUGUUUCCAAAUGAUGAGGAUCGUCUACCCGUAUCACCAACUCCUAAAUGUCAUAAUAAUAAUAAUACUAAUAAUAAUAACGGUUCUUUAAGAAUCCCAGAAUUACCAAAGAUGGGAUCUUUUAAAAGUGAAAGUGGCUUACUUACUUCAUCUGCUUCUAAUGCAAGUAACCAUAAUACUCAUAAUACAAGACCAGGUAAAGUAAAGAAAAAUGCAAAGAAACAACCCAAAUUUCAAAUUAUAGUAGCCAAUACCCAAAAAUUCAAUGUACCGACGAUGAACCAAAGAUCAUCAAAGAAAAAUAGCGGGUUGAAAAGAUCACAGUCUUUACUUUCCAAUCCUUCAGCAUCAAGUACAUCAAACCGAUCACAACAAAAAAAUGGCGGCGGUAGAAAUGUUAGUAACAAUACUAAUGCAAAUGGACACUCCGCCGAUGGGGUUAAACGAUCGUUUUCAUUUACAUCGGGGAGAGGGCAGUUUAACGGGUACCAAUAG